AUGCGUCUCGAAACAUGCUAUUAUUGUUCAUCAACGGUUUGGCCUGGCCAUGGCAUUCAAUUUGUACGAAACGAUUGCAAAAUCUUUCGAUUUUGUCGAUCGCGUUGUCAUCGGGCCUUUAAGAAGAAAUGGAAUCCACGUAAAUCAAAAUGGACAAAAGCACAUCGAAAAUUUGCUGGAAAAGAUUUAACAACAGAUGCAACAUUUGAAUUCGAGAAACGUCGUAAUGAACCCGUGAAAUAUAGUCGUGAAUUAUGGGAAAAUACGUACAAAGCCAUUGGAAAAAUCGAAAAAAUCCGAACUAAACGAGAGCGUCAUCACAUUAUGAAACGUCUUCGACAAGGUACACUUGAUCGAAAAGCGGCUGACUUACGUGAAGUACGUGAUUAUAUUCAUCUUGUUCGAGCACCGAAUGCCACGAAACCAAUGGAAGAAAUAGAAAUGGUACAAAAAGCUAUCGCCAAACGAGAAGAAGCUGGUGAACUAUUAACAAAAGUUGGAACAACAGUAGCGACAACGAAAAAACUUAGUGCACUACGUCGUCGUGCACCAAUGAUCGAAGUUACUAUGGAAACAUCGGAUACAGAACAAAUGGUUACCGAAGCUAUGAAAUAA